CACUGCAAUUUCUCUCUCGUCUCUUUUUUCACCCAGCCAUGAGCGUGAGCGAAAAGAGGUUGUCAGUCGGAUCGAGCGAGAUCGAGCCCCAUAAAAGACCUCCACCAGAACCCCCUUGCAACAAAGAGUCCAGGCCCAAACUGGAUCCAGAGAAGCUAUGGGGUAAGGGGACUCUCGAAUGGCAACCUUACGACAGUAGUGAUGACGAAAAUGAGGGCGAUCAGGACGUGUAUUAUAUUUACAAGGGUGACUUUUAUAGCAGAAGGGAUGCGCUACGGGAAGAAAAGGCGAUACACAGGCGUCUUAGAGGAGAAUUGCUCGAAGAAAAGCAAAAAACUACUGCGGAAGCGGAAGAGCAAACCAGUAAUAAACUAAGAAAGGGGCGAUGGUUUUGUGUCGUCGAAGACCCUGGGGAUCCUGUUCACUGUCUGGUUUGUUUGAAGGAUCACCCGCGCAACAUUUGCCCAUACCUCAAUUACGUCCCUAAGGGUGCAGAACUCGGCCCCAAAGCUAUGCUAGUUUGUAAAUGUUGUAAUCAGGAGGAUGGCCACCCUAACCGUAACCGUGAUGACUGGGUAGGAGUUGCUGCUUAUAUUAGGUGCUUUAAGUGCGGUGCUAAUUAUGACCACAGGACUAAAGACUGCCCGUUGGGAAACUUAAAAAAAUGUUGGUAUUGUCGCCGUACGAGCGAGCACCUGACUUGUGACUGCCCCGAGAAUUAAGCAACGAUCGCAGCUGGGAGUCAAUAUCGGUUGCCGAAUUUCUGCGGAGAGGCCUACGACCUAUAUAUAUAACUAGUGGAUCUGAGUCUGUGCUCGGUUACUAAUACUAUUGUUUAUGCAGGCGUUUUAGUAUGAUAUUUGUGUAAGGAUUGUAGUUGUUGCUUUGUUUGGCUCUUCUCUUUUUUUGGAACAAAACCAUUGUGAU